CUCGUGCGCCCUCGCUCCUACUCUUCGACAUCAAUGCUGCGUGAAUAACGAGGCUUUCGAUUAGCUGCCCACCUGCUUCGGCGCGCGCGCCAUGAUAAGCCCGGCCGGGGCUUCUCGCUAGCUGGGCAGGUCGUCUUUGCUCUCCACUCUCUUCCUCGACUCCCUCCGCUCCUCCUCCCCUCGCCGGAGCUUCGCGGGCAUGGCUGCUGCCGCGGCGGCGGCUGCGGCGGCGGAGGGGUUCGUCCGAGGUUCCGUCCACCCGAACGGCGUCGCCGUCAUCACCCUCGACCGGCCCAAGGCCCUCAACGCCAUGAACCUCGAAAUGGAUUUGAAGUACGCAAGCUUUCUUGACCUAUGGGAAUCUGAUCCCAAUGUGAAAUGUGUUCUGGUGGAGAGCAGCUCGCCUCGUGCAUUCUCUGCAGGUGGUGAUGUGAAGCAAAUAUCAACCAAAAACCAGCUGUCAGAUAUGAUUGAGGUGUUCAGUGCAGAAUAUUCAUUGAUAUGCAGAAUAUCAGCGUACAAGAAGCCAUAUAUAAGCUUCAUGGAUGGUAUCACCAUGGGAUUUGGAAUCGGCCUGUCUGGUCAUGGCCGCUUUCGAGUAGUAACAGAGAGGACCAUUCUGGCCAUGCCAGAAAAUGCGAUUGGAAUUUUUCCGGAUGUGGGAUUUGCAUAUAUAGCUGCUAAAAGUCCUGGAGGAGGAUCAGUUGGGGCCUAUCUUGGAAUGACUGGAAGUAGGAUCUCGACACCCUCUGAUGCACUAUAUGUUGGCCUGGGAACACACUAUGUGCCAUCUGGAAAACUAGGUUCCUUGAAGGAGGCCCUCUUAACAAAUUCCUUUUCUGGGGAUCCUUAUGAUGAUAUCGAAACAAUUUUGGCACAAUACAGUGGAGAUCUCAAGUCAGAGGCUCAAUUAAAGUUGCUUUUGCCUCAUAUUGUUUCUUGCUUUGGUGCAAAUAAAUCUGUUAUUGAGAUAAUGAAAGACCUGGAAAGGCUUAAACUGAAUCCCGAACCCAAAGUGGCCGAGUGGGCUAGCGAUGCUCUUCAGGGUAUGGGAAAAGGAGCUCCUUUCUCUCUUUGCUUAACACAAAACCAUUUCUCUAGAGUUGCAUCGGCCUUGGGGAAAAGAGACAGCGAUUUAUCAACUCUGAGCGGUGUGAUGAAAACUGAAUACCGCAUUGCCCUGAGGUCAUCCCUUCGACCUGACUUUGCUGAAGGUGUCCGUGCAGUUUUGGUGGAUAAGGAUCAGAAACCAAAAUGGCAACCGCCGACCUUGGACAAGGUUGAUCAUCACGAGGUGGACUCGCUCUUCGAACCAUUGGGCGAAGGGGUCGAGGACUUGAGAGUUGGAGCUCCGCCGCCGCGUAGUUGAAUAGAUAAGAACCGCUGCGACUACUGAGGAAUAAAAGUCCUAUUUGCUCAUGGUUUACCCUUCAACAUGUGAUGGGGCUGUCUGUAGCUCUUUACGUUUCCCUUAAGUUGGGAGUCCAGUAUGCAACUUCAACCGCCCGAAACUCACUACCGAUCCACCCGCCAUCUAUGGCUCGGUCCUCGGUCCUCGGAGGAUUUCGCGGGUAGCAGAUACGUUCUCUUCCCCCGUUUUCACGAUUCUCGGGUACUCCAUGGCUAGUGAUUAAGACAGGUUCGAGGUCAUUGAAUCAGCAUGGGGUUCAUGUCGUAAGCAGCCUUGACUCAUCAAAUUGGGGUAAUCCAAUUCCACGGCCAUGAUAAUGACUUGGUUCCACUUUGGAGCUCGGAAAAUGUUUUAUCUUUGAAUCAACAAGGAUGGCACUCUUUUUCCUUUGA